ACUUUAAAAAAGGAAGAGGUUCCCGAUUGGACUAUUUUUUUAUCGACCGAUCGAUCGAUAUUGAUUAUUCUCUUCGUAUUCGAAAAUUGGUGUUUGUAUCACGUGGUUCCUUUUUAAUUUAAACAAGAUCUGCCGUGUAAUUUUUGAGAUAUUCCUGACAAUUAAUAUUUGAAGACAUUAUACAAUAAUAUUGUAAUAAUGUUAUGUUUUUGUCUUGUUGCAGAGUGGAGCGCGCGGGUCGGGUCACGGCGUCGUUCGGCGCAGGACUCGCCCGCGGCGCUGCUUGCGCACUUCGACACUAGCGUGCUUCAGAUCCGCGACUGGUUGUCGGUGGAGGUUGACAUGCUGCGCGCGCAGCCGGUCGCCGUCGGCGACGUGGACGACAUCCUGCAACAGCUGGACAAACAAAAGGGUGUUCUUAGAGAGUUGGAGCAGAAGAAACCUCAGUUGGACGAACUGUUACACACAGCGGAGAGCCUUAAGGGGACCGAGAACAGGCAGCAGCUUCAUGGAAAAGGUAAGUCCUGUUAUUUUAUCCCUUAUCAUCGUGGCAGCGAACUAUUUAAUUAAAAAAAGUUUGAACUGUUUUUUCUUUUUGAGUAAUAAAAGUACUCGAUUUUUGGUAAAUUUUAAUACGUAAUUGAUUCGUAUUUUAUAUAAAAACCUAUAUAAAAUAUUUUCGCA